AUGUCAUCCAACAUCAGAUUCACACCCCGCCAAAUCCUAGACUCAUUCUACGAAGCAGAGCGCAUCUACAUGUCUUCACCCCCGGACCAACGCGACUUCACCGGGAUCGCAGCAACCCUAGCACCCGACUUCCGCAUGGAACAAACAUCCGCCCUUCCAUAUGCCGGCGUGUAUAUCGGACCCAGCGGAAUGCAAGACUGGGCCCGUCGCAUGGCUGACUACUUUGAGGUCGUUGAUGUGCGGAAUCCGGAAAUCUUCGAAUCGCCGGGUUCCGAUCGGAUCGUUGUCUUGUCCACGGUGCACUUCAAGGUGCGUGGGUCUGGUCAGGAAAUGGAGUACCCGUUCUGUCAGGCGGUUACGGUGGAUUGUGACAGGGGGGUUAUGACUGAGAUGAGGCCGUUUUAUUGGGACGUGGCGGGUGUUAAUGCGGCUUUGGGAGUGGGUCGUGAGUGA